UUAAGCAAGACAUAAACAAGAUAAGUAAAAUGACUGUAAAUAGAAAAAUUAAGUUUUGAUUUGUGUGACACUAAAUAUUACUCCUACCUUUUUCGGAAUUCACUUUGUAUAUUUAAAAGAGUCAACGAAGUUCUUACGUUAUGACUUUGGUUUGUAACCAUGCGUUGGGUUGCUAUGAAUUAUGAUCCCAAUGUAUCUGAGACUUCUGGAAUCCUGUAUUCGAUCAAGGAAUCUAACAUUAGGUCAGAUCAUUCAUCAGCACCUACUUAAACGCUCCCUUACGUUGCGUUCCUCUACCCUCCUCGUCAAUUUAACGCGUCUUUACGCAUCAUGCAACGAAGUCGAACUUGCACGCCAUGUGUUCGACGAAAUUCCCCAUCCGAGGACGAACCAAAUCGCGUGGGACGUGAUGAUCAGAUCCUAUGCAUCGAAUGAUUUCUCGGAGAAAGCUUUGGAUUUGUACUACAAGAUGCUCGAUUUUGGUGUUAGACCAACGAAAUACACUUACCCGUUUGUGCUGAAAGCAUGUGCUGGUCUGCGAGCAAUGGAAGAUGAUGGUAAGCUGAUACAUAGCCAUGUGACAUGUAGCGACUUUACUACUGAUAUGUAUGUGUGUACUGCUCUCGUUGAUUUCUAUGCUAAAUGCGGGGAACUAGAUAUGGCAUUACAAGUGUUCGACAAAAUGCCUAAAAGAGAUAUUGUGGCAUGGAACGCUAUGAUUUCUGGGUUUUCUUUGCAUUGCUCUUUAACUGAUGUCAUUGGAUUGUUUUUGGAUAUGCGUAGAAGCAGCGAUGGACUCAGGCCUAAUUUGUCAACACUCGUUGGGAUGUUUCCUGCACUAGGAAGAGCUGGUGCUUUGAAAGAAGGGAGAGCUGCUCAUGGGUAUUGCACCCGGAUGGGUUUUAGCAAUGAUUUAGUUUUCAAGACGGGGAUCUUGGAUGUAUAUGGCAAAAGCAAGUGCAUUAUCUAUGCGAGAAGAGUUUUUGAUUCAGUGUCUUUAAAGAAUGGGGUAACCUGGAGUGCUAUGAUUGGAGGCUACAUAGAGAAUGAAAUGAUAAAGGAAGCUGGAGAAGUGUUUGUGCAGAUGCUGGUUAAUGCAGAUGUGGCAAUGGUGACGACACCAGUGGCCAUUGGGAUUAUUCUGUCGGGUUGUGCAAGGUUUGGAGAUCUGAAUGGUGGGCGAUGCGUACAUUGUUACGCGGUUAAAGCAGGCUUCAUCUUAGACUUAACUGUUGGAAACACCAUUAUUUCAUUCUAUGCCAAGUAUGGAAGCUUAUGCGAUGCUUUUAAACAGUUUAGUGAGAUUGGCUUGAAAGACGUUAUUUCAUAUAAUUCUCUAAUCUAUGGGUGUGUAGAGAACUGUCGUCCAGAAGAGAGUUUACGUCUAUUUCAUGAUAUGAAAUCAUCUGGAGUUAGGCCAGAUAUAACAACACUGCUUGGUGUCUUGAACGCUUGCUCUCACUUGGCUGCUUUGGGACACGGUUCUAGUUGCCAAGGGUAUUGUGUUGUUCAUGGCUAUUCAGCUAAUACAAGCAUUUGUAAUGCACUGAUGGAUAUGUACACAAAGUGCGGGAAACUUGAUGUAGCCAUGAGAAUUUUCGACACAAUGCAUAAGCGGGACAUAGUUUCGUGGAACACAAUGCUGUUUGGAUUUGGAAUUCAUGGGCUUGGCAAAGAAGCUCUUUCUCUGUUUAAAAGUAUGCGUGACACAGGUGUGAACCCAGACGAGGUGACUUUUCUUGCUAUUUUGUCUGCUUGUAGCCAUUCAGGACUUGUGGAUGAAGGGAAACAACUGUUCAAGUCCAUGUCUCGAGGAGAUUUCAAUGUCAUCCCAAGAAUAGACCAUUACAUUUACAUGACUGAUCUACUAGCACGUGCCGGAUACUUGGAUGAAGCUUAUGGCUUUGUCAACAAGAUGCCAUUUGAGCCCGACAUUCGCGUGUUGGGUACACUUCUCUCUGCUUGUUGGACGUACAAUAAUGUGGAACUUGGUGAUGAAGUGUCGAAAAAGAUGCAGAGUCUUGGAGGAACAACAGAAGGCCUAGUUCUUCUCUCCAACACCUAUUCAGCUGCUGAGAGAUGGGAAGAUGCAGAGAAUAUUAGAAUGACACAGAAGAAAAGAGGGCUUCACAAGUCCCCUGGUUUUAGCUGGGUCGAUGUUUGAUUAUUAUGAGGAUCUUAAGCAGAACCUUGAGUAUUCUUGGAAGUCUGGCAUUAUC